AUGUGCCGCAAAGGGAAAAACUUCGACAGACAAGAACUUGAUAACGUCAAUUCAUCUGAGAAAGCCCAGUUUUGGCGAGAUGUUGAAGAUAAAUAUGGGCGAGACGAAGAUUGCGGAGGCCGUAUUUCGGAUGACAAUGCGUUCACGGGUAUCAACCCAGCGUUAAUCGUACCGCACUCCGCGACAAAGUUGGAGGAGCUUAGGUCGGAGGUACGCUCGUUUUUCAGCAUAUAUGAAGCGAAUUUUCGGAUGUCCGGAACUCAUUCACGAGAGUUCAAAACCUUCUGCCAAGGCCACAUCGAUGUUUUGUGCCUCUGGUACUGGUUGCAGGUUGCCAUGUUUUUAGUAGUUUUAUGUAUGUAG